AUGAUCACCGACGACAACGGGGUCGUACAGACCCAGCAGCAGACGCAAUCCACCCAGGAGGCCUCCCAGCCUGACUACAUCGUGGACGUUCACCUCUGGGGCUUCCUCAUUCCCUGCAGCUCGAACCUGCGCCGGAUUGACUUCCAGAAGAUCAAGCCCAAGUACAUGAUCGGCCGCAACGCGGAGCAGACCAAAAACGACAUCAUCCUCCCGGGCAUGAAGAUCAGCAACUUUCACUGUGCCAUCGAGUGGGACGGAGACGAAACGAUCAGGUCUGCGGUGAAGGUCACGGACCUGUCUAGUAACGGCACCUUCAUCAAUGGCGACAAGAUAGGAAAAGGCCACUUCAAGAUCUUGCGCGACGGAAACGAGAUCGCGUUUGGGACAUGCGUGCCCCAACCGGCUAACGGAGGGCUCGAGGACUAUCGUUUCGUCUACCGGCAUUUGGCUAGUGGCCCGCCCAGCCGCGGCCUGCACAGGUACUAUGACCUCAUGCACGAGCUCGGCAAGGGCUCGUUCGCUACUGUCAUGAAGGCCCUUCACAAGGAGGAGGGCAAGUGGUACGCUGUGAAGAUGAUCCAGGCGAACAAGCUGCGCAAGGGUCUCAGCAACGCGACCUUGAACGGCAUAAACUCGGACGACAAGUCCAACAACUUCGCACGGGAGAUCAACAUCCUCGAGCGGCUCACGCACCCGAACAUCUGUCAACUCAAGGAGGUAUUCUUCGAGAGGUACAGCAUCAACCUUGUGUUGGAGUGGGUCCCUGGCGGAGAUUUGCUCGACUACAUCCUGAAGCAUAACGGGCUCCAUGAGCGCGAGGCGCAGCACCUUACCUACCAGAUGUGCGAUGCCCUUGCGUAUGUCCAUGGACAGGGCGUUGCGCACCGCGAUCUCAAGCCAGAGAACGUACUGCUGACUGACGAUCAGCCACCGAUGGUGAAGGUCGCGGAUUUCGGGCUUGCUAAAGUCGUCGACAGCAUGACCAUGUUGCGCACUAUGUGCGGUACUCCGGUCUACCUCGCGCCGGAGGUGGUCAACCAGGCCCCUAACGAAGGCUACGACCAGGUUGUCGAUAGCUGGAGCGUCGGCGUCAUCGUGUUCUCCAUGCUUACGAUGUCCACGCCAUUCGGCGAGGAGGACAUGAGUGCUGAUGUCAAGACACGGGUGUCUACCCGGCAGGUAGAAUGGGGCAUUCUCCAGGAGUUCAACGUUAGCCCGGAAGGAGUGGACUUCAUUCAGAAGCUCCUGGAGUACGACCCCAGCAAGCGGAUGACACUCUCGGACGCCCGCCACCACCCCUGGCUGAUCCGGGAGUCUGAGCUCCACCGGGACACCGAGUAUCGUCGUCGUACCGCGUCCCCGGAGCCACGACUUGCCAUCGACGCUUCUAUGCGCUCCAUCGCGUCCGAUGGCAUGGCGCUCGACCCGCAGGAGGGUGCACUAAUGCUCGCUGCACCCAACGGACACGAUAGCAGCACGCCGCCGUUGGGCUCGCAGGACCUCCAGAGGGGCAGCCAGGACUCAAACGGCACGGCUAGCCGCAGUAUGCUCACGCGGCAGCCGUCGCGCCUGCAGCGCCGCGCGGACGUGAUCUCGCAUGCCAAUGAGGUCGGUGUCGCGCUGCCUGGGCCGUCGCAGGAGAUGCAGCGCCGGGCGAUCGCGGAGGACGAGGAGGAGGCGGGCCCGCCGCGCGCGAACAAGCGUAAGGUCGAAUUCGACGCAUCCCUUACGCCGAUGGAGGAGGAAGAUGAGGAGAGCGAGGUGGCGGCCCCUUUGCCGCGCCGGGCUCGUGCAGCUGCUGCGGCAGGGAAGAAGGCUGCCCGCGGUGGGAAGAAGGCUACUGCUACUGCUAGAGUGCCCAUCCCGAGAAUUCCUAGGAAGGCUCGUGCGAACGCCGAGGCUGCUGUCGAAUCUCCAGCACCGAGGCGGUCCACCCGUGCUACUACUGCUCGGGAUCCUUCGGGGCCGUCGCCGCGCAAGGCCGCCACUCGUCGGGGCUAG